CUGACCUUAUUCAGAACUUGGGCCAAGCUGGACGGAACCAAAAACAUGGUGCUAAAUAUGUAAUUCUUUAUACAAAGAAGGAUGUUCGCAUCAACUAUGCUAUUAUUUCUGACAAUAGAAUGAG